AUGGAGCAAAAACCUGAUAUGAAUGCCUUUGUGAGGACAACAACAGCUGUUACUAUUUUUAACGCUGGUGUAAAGGUUAAUGUCCUCCCGCCAUACGCAGAGGCUUUUGUCAAUCUGCGUAUCCACUCUGCUCAAACAUUGCAGGAGGUUCUGGAUUUGAUCAAGUCAAUUGUAGCAGAUGAGCGUGUAAAACUAGAGUUGGUCAAUGGGUUCGACCCGUUGCCCAUCAGCUCUUAUGAUGAGCAGUCGUUUGGGUAUCAGAUCAUCAAAAAAACAGUGCAAGGCAUAUUUCCUCAGGUCAACGUGGCCCCUGGUAUCUGUGUUGGCAAUACUGACAGUCGUCACUACAAGGAUAUCACUCGAGACAUUUAUCGCUUCGCACCAACAUGGUUCAAACCAGGUGAUCCACAGAGGUAUGACACAUUCAAGCAGAGAUGGCAAAAGAGAUAA